CUCUCUGCUGAGUGGCAUCUCCUCUUAUUUGGGAGGUUUAGAAGGUGGAGAUGUAGGAGGAGUAAGCCAAGUUCAUUGUUGCAAUAGAAAAGCUGUGUGCGUAUGUGCAUCUAUUAUUGCUCUGUCUUCUAAUAUAAAUUGGUCACUUCUACACAUCUAAGGAGGCCAGUACAAGUGGAGUACUGCUUUCUUGGUCAAGCAGAAGCACAAUGCCACGUGGAGAAUACAAGCUUGAGUACAAGAAAGAUUCUGCUGGGGAUGGCGUUAGCACCAUUUGCAGCAGCACAGCACCACCACACAUUUCAGACUCCACAGAUGAAUUUACCACCUACUUUGAUCAGAAAGUGCCUAUACCUGAAGAUGAAAAGCACCCGUGGUUCAGUUUUCGAAAACUCUGGGCCUUCACUGGGCCAGGCUUUCUCAUGAGUAUUGCUUACCUGGAUCCAGGCAACAUCGAAUCAGAUCUGCAGUCUGGUGCUGUAGCACAGUUUAAGCUGCUCUGGGUUCUCUUGCUGGCCACUAUCAUUGGUUUACUGUUGCAGCGUCUGGCAGCAAGGCUAGGGGUAGUAACAGGACUUCAUCUGGCAGAAGUAUGCAACCGGCAAUAUCCCAAGGUCCCUCGUAUUAUCUUGUGGCUGAUGGUGGAGUUGGCUAUCAUUGGGUCAGAUAUGCAAGAAGUCAUUGGCUCAGCAAUUGCUAUUAACCUAUUGUCUGCUGGCAUAAUCCCUUUAUGGGGCGGAGUGAUCAUAACAAUUGCCGAUACCUUCGUGUUUCUCUUCCUGGACAAGUAUGGGUUGAGGAAACUGGAAGCAUUUUUCGGCUUUCUGAUAACUAUUAUGGCCGUCACAUUUGGAUAUGAGUAUGUGACAGUACGACCAGACCAGGGCAAACUGCUGAAAGGGAUGUUCAUGCCAUACUGUCAGGACUGUGGGACCCCGCAGCUAGAGCAAGCUGUUGGGAUCGUAGGCGCUGUCAUCAUGCCACACAACAUGUACUUGCAUUCUGCUUUGGUCAAGUCUCGACAGGUGAAUCGGGCUAACAAGAAGGAGGUCAGCGAGGCCAACAAAUAUUUCUUCAUAGAAUCCUGCAUUGCUCUCUUCAUCUCCUUUAUCAUCAACCUCUUCGUCGUCGCAGUUUUUGCUCAAGCUUUUUUUGGAAAGAAGAACAUAGAUGCGCAUAACCUCUGUGAAAAUAAAACUUUUGUUCAAGCUGGGUUGUUUCCAGCAAACAACGACACACUUGAUGUGGAUAUCUAUAAAGGGGGUGUCAUCCUGGGUUGUUCCUUUGGCCCUGCUGCUCUCUAUAUCUGGGCUAUUGGGAUUCUUGCUGCUGGUCAGAGUUCAACAAUGACUGGAACUUAUUCUGGACAGUUUGCUAUGGAGGGAUUCCUCAAUCUGAAGUGGUCACGCUUUGCCCGAGUGGUUCUGACUCGUUCCAUUGCCAUCACUCCGACCCUUCUGGUAGCCAUUUUCCAAGAUGUGGAGCGCUUGACUGGCAUGAAUGACUUCCUUAACGUUCUCAUGAGUUUACAGCUUCCUUUUGCUUUAAUCCCAGUCCUCACGUUCACCAGUCUGCGUCCUGUGAUGAAUGACUUUGCCAAUGGCUUGGGCUGGAAGAUUGCUGGGGGAAUUCUCAUUGUUAUCAUCUGUGCCAUUAAUAUUUACUUUGUGGUGGUCUAUGUAACAGCCCUGGGAAAUAUGGUAUUGUAUGUGUGUGCUGCAAUUAUCAGCGUUUUCUACCUAGCCUUCGUGGCAUAUUUGACUUGGCAGUGCUUAAUUGCUCUCGGGGUCUCCUUCCUGGCCUGUGGGCAAACGUAUCAUCUGGGACUUGCUGCUCACCCUGAACUCUUCCUCCUCAACAACAUGGAUGCCGACUCAGUCAUGAAUAGAUGAAUCCCUCUGAACUACAGUAGUAAGAUUGUGACUUUUUAAAGGAAAGGGGGAAAAAAGGCCUCCUAUGCUGCACAAAACCAAAGGUUGAUUGGUUCAGAAGCAAGUGUGUACGUACGGUCAAGAGCAGCAAACGGAGUCAGACAGGUCUUUUAGUCCCAGAGCCAGGCAGAAUUUAUUUACCCCAGCGAGUGCAAAAGCUUAGUGAAUAUUUUUUGUUUAUAUAAGACAUAAGUGUCUCAGAAAAGUGAGUCUUACAAAAUUCCAGUGGUGGUGGGGGGAUGCAUGAUGACAUCAUCAAUAGCCCCCCACCACUGGAAUUUUGUAAGACUCACGUUUCUGAGACACUUAUGUCAUAUAUAAACCCAAAUAUUAACUAAGCUUUUGCACUCACUGGGGUAAAUAGAUCCUGGUCUGGCUCUGGGACUAUUUUGAGAGAGGAGCAUAAGGGGAAGUGGCGGGGGCGGGGAGGAGUGAUGUUAUUAGGGAUUGUCUGGUACACUGGAAAAUAGACGUCUUUAGAGGUUGUGCCUAAGUCGACUGUGAAGAUUCCUAUAAGGCUACUGACAAAGUAAACUGGUCCAUCAUCACACACUGUGAUGGGGCAGAAUUGUUGGUAAUAGGGACAGACGCAUGUCUUUAGAUGUGUGUCACUACGGAAAACAGGAGUGGAGUUGCAUCUAGGAAAAGAGGGUCCUGGGGCAUAUCUACACCAGCCCUAUGUCCUGGAAUCGUCCCGGGAUCAUUCCUGUGCAUCCAAACGCCAGACGGGAUACCUGGAGCAGGCAGGGACGAUCCCUCCAUUUUCCUGGGAUAACCCUAAGGUGUCUUCCUACACACACACUCUUCAUCAUUCCAGCAUUUUUUCCUCCCAGUUGGGUUUAUUUCUGGCCUCAGAGCCCAUCUGGGGGGAAAGUGCUGGGAGAGAAGCUGCAUAUUGGGAGAGUGGCGAGCAGAAGGGGGGUUCAGCACCGGCUUCUGCCAUCGCUUCACAGAUCAUUUGCAAUGAGCCAUAUUUGAAAUCACAGGCUGCCUACUAUCACCUGUAGUACUGAUCUGACCAUCUUGUUUUUAGGAACUUUAUGGUUUUUAAUUUAAAAAAAAUAUUUUCGGUACUCCUACACUUCUCUGUGAAGGUAUUGAUUGUUCUAGUAGAUGCAGGCCUCCGUCUGUCUAAGGUAGAAAUCAUUGGGCACCCCUUCCUUCUCCCAAAUUUCUGCAACACUAAGGGAGACUAUUAUAUAAAUUAAGGAAUACUGUUCUUGGCAUUUCAUCAUCCUAACUAUGAUCCUGUAGGCAAUGAGUGCAAAUGAAAAUUCGGCAAUGUAAAAACCAUACAGGAGAAAAACACUGGUGGGCACAAUCCACCUGGAAGAACUUCUGCAAAGGCCCCACCACCUGGGGAUUUUUUUUGUUUUGAAAGGCAGCAUAGAAUUCAUUGAAAUAAAAACGUAAAUGGCUGGAAGGUGAGCCAGAGCACAAGUUCAUGCCCUUAAUAGGGUUUCGACAGAAUAAUUUCUUGUUGGAUUUGCUAGGACAGUUUGUCAACCAAACUAUGUGUUCUGCCAGAAGAGAAUUACUUUGUGAUUCUUGGCCUUUUCCCUAAUCAGCUCUUUGCCCUUCCCCACCUCCUUCUCUUAAAUGCUUCAUUUAUUCUCAUGUAUGGCAAUACACCUAUUCCUUGCACUCAUGCAAAGCAACAUUUUGUUCACAUUUAGGUUUUCUGAAAAUCUCUGCUCUCAUUUAAUAUUUCUCUGUGUGUGUGUGUGUGUGUGUGUGUGUUAAAUGCAUGAUUAGGUAAACCUGGACACAGUCUAAAAGGUCUGCGUUGUGAGACUGCAGAUUUGUUUCAGAACUAAAUUUUGGAUUUUCUGCUGUCAGUCAUACUCCCCCAGAAAUGGAUGUGAAAACAUAGCACAGGGGAAUCUAAAGGGAAGACUGUACACAUGUAAAUUUCAAGCCUAAGCCAGUUUAAUUGCCAUGGUUUCCUCCAAAGAAGGCUGAUUUUGAGAAAGUGCUUGGAAAGUUUAGUUGGUGUUGCUAGAGAUCCCGAACCCCUUCAAGGAGGGCGUACCCAGGGUCAUGGGAUACUGUGGACCUUCCCCUCUGCAGGCAGAGAGGGAGGUCCGCUGUGAUAGUCUUCUCUUGACCAGCAAGGAAAGCUUCGCCAGCAUGGCUGAUCCAACCAAGGGAUCAUCCCAGGGACAUGUCAGAUGGAUUGUCCUUCUCAGGCCCCCAGUCUGGAGGGAAACUGCACCAGCCCUCAAGUAGUUAUUUUUCAUCCCAUUGGAACCAAUGAGUGGGGAGAAAUUUAAAACGGGAAAGGGGGAAAGGUAAAGGCCCCCACCCCACACAGACUUUUUGCCUUAGCCAGCACAAGCCCAGUAGGACUUAAGAAAUGGCACUUUCUUCACCAUGAAUUCCCACCCCAUCUGCCUCCAUAGAAUUGCUCUGCCCAAGAUCUAAAGUUUCUGGGCAUGGACAAACUCUGGCACACAGUGAAGCCUUGCUCAGAGUUCUGUAUCCUGAACAUUUCCUUGAUUUCUGAGAUGGCUUUAAAAAGAUGCCAAUUGCAACAUUUAAAAACUUUCUAAUUUGUAGGGUCUUCUCAGUUCAUCCUUUACAGGUCCUUGUCCCUUCACUUCCAACUUCCUUCCCCAACCUUCUCACUGUCUCUAUGUUUAUUACUAUUCAUGCAGCACCAUCAACGUAAUAUGGUGCCUUCAGGAGUCCCUUUCUUUCCCUUCUUCGACCACUCAAUUUUGCAGUUAGAAUAGAGUUGCUAAGAUACCAUGGAUGGUAAAGUGUCAAAUCAGCUGAUUGCUUUAGCUCACACUGAACAGACUUUACAUUCAACACAUCACAUCUGAUUUAUUUUCUAAAACAUAAAAUAACCAUUGCUUUAAAAGUUGUGACAUUUCAUACUCUGUUGCUGGUAAACUAUUUUUUUAAAUUCUCCACGAAGUAGAAGAUCCCUUUCUGCUUCCGUUAGGUUGCUUUUUAUUUUAAGCAGGAAAUGUGGCAACAGCACAAUAUAAUUCAGGGCCAGCCUUGAAGCGCUUUCAAGAUUCCACCCAAUCCUUGGGAUUUGAGCAGAGUUGUUCAUCAUCUGUAAGUGCAGAAGAGGGUACCUGCUGCUGAAUUUUGAUUUGUAUUUUUUUCUAAGUUCCAAGAUUUCAGCCCUCACGCUCGCAAAGAAAGACACAUAUGACCAUGUGUGUGUAGUGUCUGCAGAAAAGACCAGUAUUUAACUAUUUUGCAGCUGUUUUAGUUUGCAAAGUACAUCCUGGCACCAUAUAUUAGGGUUGUCUGCAUGUGCCCUGUAAUAUGGAACAAUCUGGUGCCAAUACAGCUCUUGAAAUGGUACAGACAUCUGCAUCAAGUUACCCCCUUUGUUCUACAAAUCACACUUCCUGGGCAUGGCUAGACGGGGCGAUAUCCCGGAGAUCGCCCUGGGAUCAUCCCUGUGUGUCCACAUGACGCACAGGGGAUCCCGGGAGCAGGGAGGGAUGAUCCCUCCCUUUCCCCAGGAUAUCGACCUACCCUUCUAUCUCGACUUUUCCCAUGAUCCUGGGAUGAUCCCGAGACUGCAGGACAUGUGGCUGGGCAUCCCGUUUUCAUCCCGGCCCCUCACGAGUAACCGUGAGGAGCCUGGCAAGGAGCUCCUCACGGAGCUCUUUUCCGAUUAAAAAAAAAAGCGGGUGCGAUGUCCUCUUGUUCCCAGGACGUCACACACCGCAUGUAGACAGGGGGGAUCCUGCGAUCAUCAUAUUGAGAAAUCCUCCCCCCUCCCUCCCUUCCUCCCUCCACUCAUGUCUAUUGCAUCAUGGCAUUCUUUCUAUAACAAAACUGGAGAUUUACCCUAUUGCAAACAGCCUAAGGUUGUAGUUCUGUGCACAUUUAUUGCUAGUAUAUCCUCAUUGAACUCAGUGGGGCGUUCUUCUGCAUAGAAAUCCAUAGAACCAGGCUGCAAAGGUGUUGCUCUUGUUUUGCCCUCUUCCAUCUUAGGCUGCAAGACAGUCUAGGUGCUUCAGGAGCCACGCUAUAUUCACAUGCUCAAACUUGGGUAUGGGGAGGGAGAGAGCGAGAAAGAGUGUCUCACCAAGCUUGGGCAAAAUAGGUACAUUUAAACUGAACAUGGUGAUGGUAUUUACAGAGUGACCCCACUGCUCUAAAAAUGUUACAUGUAUCUUCAUCCCCAGUUGCACUAGACAUUUGCAAUUGUGUUACAAAACUGUCAUCAGAAACUGCCUUUUGUUGUCAGAUCAUUUUUAAAAAUACAUUUGCAAUCUGUGCUCUUGUUACAAAACCCAUUUUCCCUCCUGAUUUUUGCCAUUUUCAUUUUAUAUUGGGUACUAAUUUAUUUUAAAUAUAUCGGUCAUUUGAUUUUGUUUGUUCCAAUGGAGGUCCGGAUUUUCAAAUAAAUAUGUCAAAUACA